CUUUUAACUCACUUUUAUCUUUUCUUCUCUCUCUCAUUUCAUAAACCCUAGCUCUUUAGUGUUAGUCGAUGGCCGGUACAUAUGGUUACGAAGGCGGCGGAUCUGCUCCGCCACCUAGUGGAGGAGGAGGCUAUGGAGGCGGCGGUGGUGGAUACGGUGGUUCUGGAGGCGGCGGUGGGUACGGAUCGGGCGGUGGUGGAGGAUACGGCGGUUCAGGUAGUGGCGGUUACGGCGGAUCAUACGGUGGCGGUGGUGGUAGAGGUGGUGGUGGUGGUGGUCGAGGAGGUGGAGGUGGAGGAUAUGGUGGUGGCUCCCAAAAUCGAGGUGGCGGUGGCGGUGGAUACCAAGGAGGAGAUCGUGGAGGUCGCGGCGGUGGUCGUGGUGGAGGAAGUGGUAAGGAAGGUGAUUGGCGUUGCCCUAACUCAAGUUGUGGAAAUUUGAACUUUGCUAGAAGAACUGAAUGUAACAAAUGUGGUGCUCCUUCACCUGCUGGUUCCGACGAUCGUGGUGGCAGAGGUGGUAGCAGUUAUAACAGAGGUGGAAGUGACGGGGGAUAUGGAAAUAGUCGAGGGGGAAGAGGUGACAACUAUGAUAGCAGAAAUGCUGGAGGUGGUAGAACUGGUUCUUAUGGUGGUAGUCAGGGAAGAGAUGGUGGUGGUUAUGCUCAAGGUCCUCCACAUGCUCCUCCAUCUUAUGGGGGAGCUGAUAGUAGCUAUCCACCACCUUCUAAUACUUAUGGUGGGAACUCUGAUGCAGUCCCUCCGCCCACGAGUUAUGUAGGUGGACCUGCAUCGUAUCCCCCUUCAUAUGGUGCCCCUGGUGGCUAUGGUGGGAAUACACCAGCUGAUGCCCGUGGGGGUGGACGGGGUGGUCCGCAGGGAGGAUAUGAUGGUGGAUAUGGCAGUGGUGCCCGGAAUGCAGGAGGUGGUUAUGCUAGUUCACCAGCUGAGGCUCCGGAAAAGGUCAAGCAAUGUGAUGAGACCUGUGGAGAUUUCUGUGACAACGCAAGAAUAUAUAUCUCAAAUUUGCCUCCUGAUGUGACCGUUGAAGAACUUAGAGAACUUUUUGGGAGCAUUGGACAAGUGGCAAGAAUUAAGCAAAAGCGAGGCUACAAAGACCAGUGGCCUUGGAGCAUAAAGCUUUACACAGAUGAACAGGGAAAUAACAAAGGAGAUGCAGUUCUGUCAUAUGAAGAUCCUUCUGCAGCUCACUCUGCCGGCGGCUUUUUCAAUAAUCAUGACUUCAGAGGUUACAAAAUUAGUGUUGCGAUGGCUGAGAAGUCUGCACCAAAGCCUGCUCCAGCAUUUGGUUCUGGCCGUGGCGGCGGUCGAGGAGGUUAUGGUGGUGGUGGUCGCAGGGAUAACUACAGAGACGGUGGAGGUUCUGGCCCAGACAGACAGUUUCAUGGUGGAAACCGUUCACGUCCUUACUGAGUUCCAGCCAAGCAUUUUAUGUACUAAAAAUUUGUUGUGGGAGGGUUUUUUAAUUAGUUCCAUUUCAAGAUAAUACUCUCUGUGACUAAGAGGUAGGCUGUUCACUCACUUUCACUUGAGCUAUAUGCACUUUUUCUCUUUUCUUUCUGCUA